UGGUUUCGGUGGAUAAAAUCGAUUGCGUAUCUAUAAGAAGGAAAUCAUUGAAGACUUGGACUGUGUUACUGUUUGUUUUCAUUAGUAGGUUGGAAUAAAUCAUGGCGGACACAAAAACUAUUCAGGUACCCCAUCUAGGAGGAAUAGAAGUAGGCUAUCAAAUGCCCAAGACCUACGAUCCUUCAAAGCCGACUCUUAUUCUUGUUAAUUCAUUUACAACAUCAGCAGAACUCUAUCGCCAACAAUUUGAGAAUGAAGAACUUAAUACAGCAAUGAAUCUGCUGGCUAUUGAGCCAUUGGGACAUGGACGAACGAGAACCAAAACUGAGAAUUGGACUUACUGGGACACGGCAAUAGCGAAUAUACAGACAAUGGACGCUCUUUCUAUUGAGAAUGCCUUUGUUCUCGGUACUUCGCAAGGUGGUUGGUUGACCAUUCGCAUGGCUCUCUUUGCACCCAACCGAAUACAAGGUGUCAUUCCUCUAGGAACAUCCAUGGACUAUGAGUCCGAAAGAACACGCUCUCUUGGUUGUUGGAAUGCUUCAGCCGCAUUAGGUCAAAUUAUCAGACAGAGCACAGCCGAUCCCAAAUUGUUGACUGAGGAUUUCGAGCCAGAUGAUGAAUAUUGCAAUCUUCUGGUCAAUAUAGGAUUCAAUGAUUGUUCUUAUGAUAUCCGAGAAUUUUGGAUAAAAACAAUCAAAGAAACAUACCGCGGGGAUGAAGGUAGGAGAAGGAUUCGAAUGGCAGCCAUAAAUCUCAGGGAGCGCGACGGAUUGCACGGCCGCUUGUCAGAUGUGCGAUGUCCAAUUGUUUGGUUACAUGGAACGUCAGAUGCCGUGUACAGUCUAUCAAAUGCUAAAGAAGAGAUCAAGUUGUUUGUUAAUGCUGCCAGUAAGGAGCUAGUCACUGUGGAGGGAGGUGCUCAUUUCUUGAGUGCAACGCAUCCGAAUGAGGUGGGAAGGGCUUUAGUUGAAUUUGUUGACAGACACAAAAAUUGGAAAUUGGAAGGCUGAGCGGUCAUUGUGGUUCCUGUAGUAUAUGGCUUUUGACUUCUGUUUUAGAAUUUGUCAAACUUUUGGCCUACUUGUGGUAGGGAGAAUGAACAUGAUUACAAUGACUGGCUCUUGAAGCGAUAAAAUCUCGAUAUUAGCUCAUUAUUUUAGGAAUGAUCCUCAGAGUUUCAGUUUUCCGUGUUAAGAGGGGUUUAGGCAUGCUGACUUCCCAAAAAUGUUAGCAUCAAUUCAGUGACAUUGCAUUAACGCGGGUUUGAUGAGGCAAACAAAACGUGUUUACACCAGCGGAUGAAUUUUUGAUGAAUUUUGAGAAGGGCGAUGCAAAAAGUUCCUACACUCAGACUCGUUUGCCAGCCCAUGGGAGAAAUCCAAUAUCAGAAUCGGAGGCGAGACGUAGAAAUUAAAGAAUAUCGGGAGUGAUCCUUUUCACAAAAGUUUAUGCAGGAUGUAUUGUGGGAAGAACAGCCAACAGUCUUGGCUUUACAAAAACAACAAAAAACGACUGCUAUGUAUGGAGAGAGCAGCAAAGUCUCUAUACGGAUUAAGCAGAUGACUAAGGGGAUGGCGGUCGGUUCAGAAACUUUGUGGAAAUGGAGAAAAUCUGUACCGAAACCCCCUGGGAGACCCGACUUUAAAGCACUACGCAAAUUGACACCCAAAGACCUGCGUGCGAUCCGAAAAUAAUAGACUCGACGGACUGAAGAUAGAGUGAAAAAACAUAGAAAGUUUUAGAGUUCAAGGAGAGAUUCCGCUGUGGCUAUCAUAUUCAUUGAUUGAACUUCUCUUUAAUAUAAA